CAGACGUCGGACGUAUUUUCUUGCUUUUACGAUACGACCACCUCUACACAGCUCGUUUUGGUCUAUAUUUUAAAAAAAACAGAGUAGAUCAAUACUUGAUUUCAUGACUUCAAAAACAAUUUGAAGCUGCAUUAAAAUCUUACAAUGGCUGGGUCAGCAUUACGACGGCUUAUGGCCGAAUAUAAACAGCUUACAGUUAAUCCACCAGAGGGAAUUAUUGCCGGGCCGAUCAACGAAGAAAAUUUCUUCGAAUGGGAAGCUCUAAUCACGGGGCCAGAAGGGACAUGUUUUGAAGGUGGCAUUUUCCCGGCAAAGUUAGUAUUCCCUCCAGACUACCCGCUGAGCCCUCCCAAAAUGCAGUUCACUUGUGAAAUGUUUCAUCCAAACAUAUAUGCUGAUGGGCGUGUCUGCAUAUCUAUUCUCCAUGCGCCAGGAGAUGAUCCCAUGGGGUAUGAGAGCAGCGCUGAGAGGUGGUCGCCAGUUCAAAGUGUUGAAAAAAUACUGUUGUCAGUAGUCAGUAUGCUAGCUGAACCUAAUGACGAGAGUGGAGCAAAUGUUGACGCAGCAAAAAUGUGGAGGGAGGACCGAGAACAAUUUAACAAGAUUGCUGAACGAUUGGUCAGGAACACGCUAGGAAUACCAACACAAUAAAAUUUAUGUGCUAAAGUUACUGACUGAGCUUUAAUAUAUUUGGUGGCUUGUAAACUAGUGUGAAAAUAUAUUUUUAGCAUAAUCUUUCUACACAUGGAGAAAAUAUGUAUAUAUAUAUAUACUCAAAGUUAUCUAAAGCAUGGCAAACCAUUAACAUAUUUUACUACUUAGUAUGUAGUUAGGGUGUUUACAUAUAGAUGUGUAAUCUUGACACAACACUUAAGAUACUCGUAAUUAUUUAUAUCAGAAAAAUCUAAUUAAAUGAACGAUAUUAUAUUUGCACAAAGCUUAGAUUUACUGCAGAAUAAUUUUAAUUGUGUGAUAACCACUACAUUUGGACAUGUUAAUUAUUCUUAUUAUUUUUUUGUAAAAUUGAUUUAUUUUUGUAAUAUUUAGAUUGUAGUGCUAAGCACAGAGCGAAUAAAUAUAUGACUUAUUCAUGUACAUAAAGGUAUUUGAUCUACAACUUGUAAUGACGUAAACAUUUCGCCAACUGCGAAAUUAUCAUUGUGGAGGUAUAGUAUAAAUUUUCUCAAAUAUUUUUUACGCCUGUGACUAUUCUGUUAAACAAAAGCCAUUGUAUAUUUUGAACGAGCGGUGGGCUCCCGUUUUGAGCGCGUGCCAAAGCAACAAUGUCGUUUAAAAAAGCGGCUGUAUCGUGGUGGUUUUAAGAUUCAAAUCUAUGUAAUAAUAUGAGCGCUCGCUUACAUUGAGGUGGUCGAUCGUCCUACAUUACCAAAAAUGAUACACUUAUAUUUAUUAGAACCUUAAAACCACCACAAUACAGCCGCUUUUUGAACGACAUUGUUGCUUCGGCACGCGCUCAAAACGGGAGUCCACCGCUCGCACGAUACAAUGGCUUUUGUUAAACAGAAUAGGGGCAGACGUAAAAAUCAUUUGAGAAAAUUCAUUUGUAUUUUACUGCGUACUAUAAAAUUCAUAUUAUAGUACGCAGUAAAAUACAAACUAGUUAAUGAUGGAUUGGGAUUGUCAGUAAAUUUAGUUGUAAAUAUUGGUAAAUGAGCGAAGAAUUAUAUUUUUGACGUGACAGCGUAGCGAAUUAAUAUUUGCAAUGUGUUUUUGUAAAUAUGUAAUAAUCAUGUAUUUAAUUAUAAAAUGUCUAUCUGUCUAAAUGUAUAUCAACUGAAAGAAAUAAAGUCCUAACGUAUGACAUUACCAUAGAUAAAUAAGUAUAGGCUUAAAGUGCUCACUCCAUACAUUACUUUCCUCACUUACUAAAUAAUAAGUUGUAUGGGAGGUAAGGUAAUGGUACAAUAUAGUAAUAACUCUUAAACUGCAUUAAAACUUAAUAGCUUAAAUUUAAAUUGAACAAAGGAGUUUUUUUUAAUAUACAAACCAAGUAGCAUAAAUGACUUUUACUUUUAAAAUACUGACGUAACUAAUUUAAUAUUUUUGUUUAUGUUUAAAAUUAUUUAAUGUGAUUAAUUUAACAGCCGUUUAAAAUAUUUUUACAUCAUUUUCAAUCGUGGCUGAAUGCCGAAUAGGCCUGUGCCUUAGAUUCCUAACCUGUCAAGAAAUUACAAAAUGCCGGACGAAUGUUUGAUAUGUCACCGUAUUUAAGAAUUAUUUCGCUUAAAAUUUAGUUUUUUCUUCGCAAGUGUGAUGAAAAACAUUGUGUGUAACUACGGGGGUAAGAAUAUUUCAAACUCGGGUCUUUAAUUCCCUCGAAUCCAAAAUUUCACUUACCGCCCUCGUUGCACAAUGUACUAUUAUCCAUGUAUGGAGUGAGCACUAACAAUAAGCUUACUUAUUUCUAAAAGAAAUUAAUGGUAUUUUUUAUUCUAAUUUUGGAGUAGUAUUUUAGAAGCCGACGAAUACCUACAAAUGAUUGUCAGUCGAUAAUUUCAAUUUACAGGCGUUAUACUGUCCAUAUUUCACAAAUAUAAAUAUUGCUUAUUAGUUACAUAAUUAUAUUACUAUAUAAUAAAUAUAUUCGAUUAGAAAAUAUUCAUCUACUGAAUAGAUACUUUUAAUUGAAAAAUUAAGUUUUUUGUAAUGCUUCAAAAAAAAAAGGUUGGACUCAGUAGAAAAUUAAAUAAUUAUUUUGGAACCUCAGGAAUAUACUGUGUAAUAUAUAAUGAAUAAUAUGUAUGUAUAGAAUUUUAAAUAAUGUUUUAAUUAUAAUAGACUAUUCACAA